AUGGAUGAUCAGGGAUCCUCUCCUGUAAAUAUAGAUGAUGUUAAUUUGGAUCCUUCCUACCAAAAAAUUUUAGAAUCUCAAGUUCACACUGAAAAUUAUAAAGCUUCCUAUCUUAAAUUAUAUACUUUCGCUACCAAGAAGGAUUGGCUUAUUAUGUUUAUUGGCUUAAUAUUUUCUGGCUUGACUGGUGUUACAACGCCCUUAUUAACAGUCCUUUUUGGAAAAAUGAUUGAUUACUUUACUCAACACUCAUCACAAAAAAUCAAUUCGGUGGAAUUCACUUCGGAGGUUAAUUCUACUACUUUAAAAUUCGUAUACCUCGGUAUCACCACUUUUUUCGCAACUUAUUUUUAUAUGGCUGCCUGGGUUUACACUGGUGAAAGGAUUGCGAGACAAAUUCGUGAAAGAUAUUUACGUGCAAUUCUUCGUCAAAAUAUUGCUUAUUUUGAUAAAAUUGGUGCCGGUGAAAUUACCACUCGUAUUACCUCAGACACUCAUUUGGUUCAAGAUGGCAUCAGUGAAAAAUUCGCCAUGGCUUUCCAAUACUUUGUCCAAUUCAUUGCCAGCUUUUUUAUUGCUUUCUUUAAAAGUUGGAAAAUGACACUCGUGAUUUGUUGUCUCAUUCCAUUAGUUGUUAUUACUAGUGGUGUCAUAAAUAAAUUAUCUUCACUCUAUUCGAAACGAACAUCGGAUUUUUAUUCACAAUCUGGUUCAAUUGCUGAAGAAGCAUUUAGUACUAUUAGAACUGUGGCAGCAUUUGGUGCCCAAAAGAAAUUAUCUAAAUUAUAUGAUUAUCAUCUAAAGGAUGCCAAAGCUGAAGGAAAGAAGAAGUCUAUAGUAAAUGCAUUUUGGUAUGGUUCAACUUUGAUUAUUGAUGGUGAAUUGACUCCUGGGGGGGUUGUCAAUGUAUUCUUUGCUGUAAUAAUCGGUGCCCUUUCCCUUGGAAAUAUUGCUCCUGAUAUACAAUCUUUCAGUUUUGCUACCGGAGCUAGUUCAAAAAUUUUCGAAGCGAUACACCGCGUUCCAUCAAUUGAUACUGAAUCUGAAGAGGGUGAAAAAGUCGAAUUAAAAGGUCACAUUCAACUUAAAAAUAUUUCUUUCAUCUACCCAUCUCGACCUACAGUUCAAACUUUGAAUAAUGUUACUUUGGAUAUUGAACCUGGUUCAACUGUUGCUCUUGUUGGUUCAUCCGGUUCCGGAAAAAGUACUAUCGUAUCACUCAUUCUUCGAUUCUAUGAUCCCGUGGCUGGGGAAGUUCAACUUGAUGGUUAUGAUAUCAAAUCUCUCAAUCUCAAAUCAUUAAGAAGACAAAUAAGUCUUGUUAGCCAAGAACCUGUUCUUUUCAACACUACAAUUGCUGAAAAUGUUUCUCAUGGUUUAAUAGGAUCUAAAUAUGAAAAUCUAUCAAAAGAUAAGAAAUGGGAAUUAAUUGAAAAUGCAUGUAAAAUGGCAAAUGCUCAUGAUUUCAUAAUGAAACUUCCUGAAAAAUAUGAAACAAUGGUCGGUGAACGUGGAUUUUUACUGUCAGGAGGACAAAAACAACGUAUUGCUAUUGCUCGUGCCAUUAUAAAAGAUCCAAUGAUUUUAUUGUUGGAUGAAGCGACAAGUGCUUUAGAUACGCAAAGUGAAGGUAUUGUACAAGACGCUUUAGAUAAGGCAUCUAAAAACAGAACUACAAUUGUCAUAGCUCAUAGAUUAUCUACUAUACGUAAUGCAACAAAGAUUAUUGUAAUGAAUCAAGGUUCCAUUAUGGAAAUCGGUAAUCAUGGAGAACUUAUGGAAAAAAAGGGUGCAUACUACAACUUAGUUGAAGCACAACAAAUUCAAUCUGUGAAAGAAUCUAAACAUUCUUCAAUGACACCACCGGAAGAUAGAGAUAUUUUGUUAAAACAAGACAUAAUACCGGAAGAAGAUCAAAAAUUAGGUCGUAUCGUUACCAACUUAUCUGUGUCAUCAGCAAUUUUGUCCAAACGAAAAGCAGAUCUUGAAGCUGGAAUUAAACAUGAUUAUGAAUAUACUACUUGGGAAUUAAUUAAAAAGGUUGGAAAAAUCAAUCGACCAGAGAUUCCAUUGAUAAUUCUUGGCUAUAUUGCCGCAAUUGUUUGUGGUAGUGUAUAUCCAACAUUUGCCAUCAUAUUUUCACAUAUUAUAGAAUCUCUUUCUAAACCCCCGGAUCAAAUAAAACACGAUGCCACCUUCUGGGCCCUUAUGUUUCUGGUAAUCGCAGUUGUCAUUUUAAUUGGUCAAACUAUACAAGGUGUAGCUUUUGGUUAUUCUGGUGAAAAUCUUACGGAACGAAUUCGAUCUUUAUCUUUUACAUCUUUAUUGCGACAAGAUAUAGAAUUUUUUGAUGAAGAACGAAAUAGUGUUGGUAUAUUGACUAGUUCUUUAUCAUUGGAUGCCACUCGUGUAAAUGGUUUGGCUGGUAUUACUUUUGGUACUAUUUUACAAGUAGUCACUACUGUUAUUAUGGGAUUUAUUAUCGGACUUGCCGUAGGAUGGAAACUUACAUUAGCUUGUGCUGUUUGUAUUCCUCUAUUGAUUGGCUCUGGUGCUAUUCGUAUGAAGAUGUUGAAUGGAUUUCAAGAAAAAACCAAAAGAGCAUAUGAAGAAUCUGCCCAAAUUGCAUGCGAAGGUGCCGGAAACAUUAGAACAGUGGCUUCUCUUACCCGUGAAAAAGAUUUAUGGAAUAUAUAUCAUCGUCUACUUGAUGAACCAAUGAAACAAGGACAUAAUAAUGCUUUUUAUGCAUCAGUUUCUUUUGCAUUUGCACAAUCUGUUAUCUUUUUAGCAAAUGGUCUAGGAUUCUGGUAUGGUUCUCGAUUAUUCAGAGAUGGAGAAUAUUCUAUAAAUAAGAUGUUUACAGUCUUUUUUGCUAUAAUCUUUGGUUCGAUGUCUGCUGGUCGCGCAUUUCAAUUUAUACCUGACAUCAUGAAAGCAAAACAAUCCGCAGCAUCCAUCAUUUCAUUAAUUGAACGAAAUCCAAUGAUAGAUACCUGGUCAAAGUCUGGAAAAAAACUUGAAAACGUUCAGGGACUUAUUGAAUUUAAAGAUGUUCACUUUCGUUAUCCCACUCGCCCUCACAUACAAGUUCUUCAAGGAUUAGAUUUAAAAGUCAAACCUGGACAGUUUGCAGCAUUAGUCGGACCAUCAGGAUGUGGUAAAAGUACCACUAUUGGACUUACAGAAAGAUUUUAUCAAGUAACAAGUGGAAGCGUUACUAUUGAUGGAAUAGAUAUUUCAACCAUUAAUAUAAAUAAUCUUCGAGAAAAUAUUGCACUUGUUAGUCAAGAACCUUCCUUGUUUGAUAUGACCAUUAAAGAAAAUAUUAUAUUUGGAUGCCGACCUGAACAAAACCCAACCCAAGAAGAUAUUGAACGGGUAUGCCGGGAAGCCAACAUUUAUGAUUUCAUUUCACAAUUACCGGAGGGUUUUGAUACUCAAGUAGGAGGAAAAGGAACACAACUUUCGGGGGGACAAAAACAGAGAAUUGCUAUUGCACGUGCAUUGAUAAGAAAUCCUAAAAUUUUAUUACUUGAUGAGGCUACAUCUGCCUUAGAUUCCCAAUCAGAAAAGGUUGUGCAAGACGCAUUAGACCAAGCAUCUAAAGGAAGAACAACAAUUUCUAUCGCACAUAGAUUAUCAACUAUUCAAAACGCAGAUAUAAUUUUUGUAAUAAAAGAUGGUAAAGUAAGAGAACAAGGAACACAUCAAGAACUAUUAGCACAAAAUGGAAUUUAUUAUUUAAUG